GUAGUAGUAGUUGUACGUUGGUACCGGAGUGCAGCCGGUAGCGUGUGUACCCGUUCCUGCUGCUUUAACACCCCUGGGCCCCUUUCCUCCCUUCCCUUGGGUGCCCUGUGCUUCUCUGCCGUGAUUGCCCCCAAUUGAUUGCUUGCUUGGCCUAGCCUCCUUGUCGUACCUCCCCCAGAGCCAGUCAGAGGGGUACGUGCAUGUGUGUGUGGCUGUAAGCUGUGCCGCUCUGUGCCCAGGUAGGUAUGCUGUAUCCGUACCCGUACGCAGUACCAAAUAGCCAGGGUCCUGGGAUGAUGUCGUGUCAUUUUGCAAAGUCCCUUUCUUCCUUCCUGUCCUCACCACCCUGGCCAGCGUCUGCGCCUCUUUCUCGUUUCUGCCACUGCACUACUCCGUACACUGCACUCACUCACUGUGUCUGUCUUUCCUUCUGUCUACCCGUCUGUCUGUCUGUCUCUCUGGACGCUUUUGGCAUUCUUCGCUCUCCACCUCCCUUUUUCCCUCAUCGGCCUCCUCCUUCGUUAUUAUCUUCAUUGCACUCGCUGCUCUUCCUCCUUGCAACUUGCAACUUUGCUCUGCUCUGCGAAAGAAACCCCCGAAAGCGGAAGCUUACCUACCCCUUGUCGCUUUUGCCGAACAUACUCGACCAGUCGCGCUACCUUUUUGUGCCAAAGGAAGAAGAGCUUCUUCCCCUUUCCACCCCCAAUCCAUCCAUCCAUACACUCGUUUUUGCUUCCGCACUGCACCUCCACGAAGGCCGUCGCAACACUACUCUCUUUACUCGACUAACCGACGUUGAACCAAACCGCAUAACCCCCCCAAACACAACACCACCAAGAUGAAGGGUGAGCACUACCUCCUUCGGCCUCGAUAGCUACCUAGGUGGAUAGCUACCUGCCUGCCUGCCCCUCCUGCCAGAACCAGAGCCAGAGUCAGCCUCGCCGCUUGCUUCUGCGCCCACAGGGCUGGCAGCCACGGCACCG